AUGUCGAUUUACACGUCAGCUAAAAGGAUGACUCUGGUUACCAUCAAAAUAUUGAUGGUCAUACUGCAGGGUCUAUCAUUAUCCGUGUUUGCCACACCUUUGAUUUUGGAACCCGAAUGGUCGGCGAUUGUCGUACCCGUUACACAGUCACCGGCCACUGCUCAACAAAGCCGACUUACGGCACAGUCGAAGGAUUUCCGACGGUGGAACCAUUUGGUCACACUGACCGACAGUGAGUCGGCGGGGACGGUGACAGAGGCGCCUCACCUCUAUAGUACGUGUCGCGGUUUUUCUUGCCACGAUUUGAACCGCAGUUAUAAGAACCGCCAUGUCAAAGAUCGCCAUGACAAUAAGAAUUGCCACGGUCAUAAUCGCCAGGAGACGAAAUUACGCGGUAACAAUCACCGAUCGGAGAAGAAGCGAUGUGGUGGUAAGAACCAGCAAAAUUGUGGUAAAAAUCAGCACCAGAAGCACUGCGAUAAGAACCGGUGCGAAAAGCACUGUGGUAAAAACCAGGGUAAGAAGCACUGUGACGAGAAACGAAACGGCCAGAGUCGCCAUGAUACCACGCAUUGUAAUCGACAAAACAACCGGCAAAAUAAUAUAAAAAACGGCAACAAGCGCCAACAGUUUGUCGUGGAUAAUAAGGUGAUUAUCAACGUCAAUGAUGGUCGAACGCCAGGUCCAACGCUAUUACCGCGGAUUGAAACAACAGUUGCGGGGGUACAGGUCUCGAACGUGCCGGAAAGCGUUGGACAAAGCUUCAGUUGUAGUAGUGUCCAUAGAUUCAGGCAUUCGGACAUCAUAUGGUUGUCGUUAUUAGGAAUCUGUAUAGCGAUAACUUUUUAUAAGGUGUAUUUUAUUUCCGAUCGCUAUUACAGUAUUAUGUAUUAA